CCCCGCCGCCGUCAUGGCGACCGGCGAGCGGGUGGCUGCGCUGCCGCCUCUCUGGCCGGUAGAGGCCCGGUUGGCGGCGCUGCUUCCCGACCUUCUGGUGUUCAGGAAGCCCCGGGGAUCGGAACCCGAGCUCGCCACGGCCCAGGGCGUCCUCCUUGGCGUCCACGUGACGGGGUUUACAGCAUUAAUGGAUAGGUUCAGCCUGACCUGCAAGUCGGAAAAUGACAUGGACAAACUGGCCCACAUCUUCAGUUAUUACAUUAGUGACAUCGUGGAGCAUGUUCUUUGUUUUGGAGGAGAUAUCCUAAAUAUCACAGGGAAUGUGCUCCUGGCACUCUGGACAGUGAAACAGAAUCAACUCAGUGACAUCAUUACCCUGGUGGCAAAAUGCAGUCUGGAGAUACAGGAGAAAUUUGGAAUCUACCAUACGAGAGAAGGCCAGGACCUAAAGCUAAAGAUAGGUCUAUCUGCAGGUCGGAUUUUCCAGGUUAUUGUUGGAGAUGAGCAGCGACAGUACCUCUUGGUGAUCGGGCGGGAUGUGGAUGAUGUCCAGGUAGCACAGCGUUUGGCUCAGGCAAAUGAGAUUGUCUUGUCCUGGAACUGCUGGAAGCUCUGUGAGCAGUACAUGUUUGAAGUGGAAAUCAUGAGGGAGGAUGAAGCUGUGAAGUUAAGAGAUAUGCGGAUCAUUGACCCAUUUGAUUUUGAUGAGCAUUUUGACAAGUGCCUUGAUUACCUGCCACAUUACCGGACAAGUGCUGAUACUCUAAGAACUGCCCUGGAGUUGGAUCCAGACUCUGCGCUUGAACAAACCCUGCGAAAGCACAUAACGAAAAACCUUUUGAAGAAGAUUGAUGAAGGGCAACCUAUGGAGUACAUAUCCGAAUUCCGUACUGUGACUAUGGUUUUGGUCAGCCUAGAGUUCAACAAGACAGCAUGGAUGUUGCAUUUAUGUCAUCUUAUCCAGGAGGCUGCCCUGUAUAUCUCCACAGUCAUAGAGAAAGGAGGUGGCCAGCUAAGCCAGAUCUUUAUGUUUGAGAAAGGCUGCAUGUUCUUCUGUGUUUUUGGCCUUCCAGGGGAUAAGAAGCCAGAUGAGUGUGCACAUGCCCUGGAGAGCUCCUUCAGCAUCUUCAGCUUCUGCUGGGAGAAUCUUGCUGAGACCAAGCUUGUUUCUGUCAGUAUCACCAAUGGACCAGUAUUCUGUGGCGUGAUUGGGGCAGUUGCAAGACAUGAAUAUACAGUUAUUGGCCCAAAGGUGAGCCUUGUGGCCAGGAUGAUAACUGCUUAUCCAGGUUUGGUGUCCUGCGAUGAGGUAACAUAUCUAAGAUCCAUGCUGCCUGCUUACAACUUCAAGAAACUCCCAGAGAAAAUGAUGAAAAAUAUCUCCAACCCAGGGAAGAUGUAUGAAUACCUUGGCCAUAGAAGAUGUAUAAUGUUUGGGAAGAGACAUUUGGCCAGAGAUAGAAAUAAAAAUCACCCUUUGUUAGACCGGGAGAAAGAACUAGAAGCCUUCCAAAUGGCACAGCAGGAAUGUUUGCGCCAGAAGAAGGGACAAGCAGUUUUGUAUGAAGGUGGAAAAGGCUAUGGAAAAAGUCAGCUGUUGGCUGAAAUAAACUUCAUGGCCCAAAAGGAGGGGCAUAGGGUGUUACCAUUGAAGCUGAAGGAAGCAGAUUUCAAGCAGUGCUUCUAUGCCAUCCAGACCCUCAUGGCCAUCUUCUUUGACAUUGAUACGUGUCCAGCCUAUUACCGGCAAGAGUGCCUACACAAACAGCUCCGUGGGAUAGUAGAGGAACCUCUUCACUGCCUUUUUAAUGACCUCUUCUUUGUGAAGUUUCCCUUGUCCUUCAAAGUUUCGCACAUGGAUGACCUGACCAGACAAAAGAAGGUUAAGGCAUGUUUUUUUCAAGUGCUUCAAGAGGCAGUGAGGGAAACACCACUGAUUUUCCUCAUUGAUGAAGCCCAAUAUAUGGAUGCGGCUUCCUGGGAGUUUUUGGAAACAUUACUCUCCACUGUGCCCAUCGUCAUGGUGAUGACAUUGACCCCUAUCUUCACCCUGUGUGGCUGUGCCCAACACUUCCUGCAGAGCUCUCAGGCUGUCCUUGUGCCCAUUUUGAAGUUGGCAACAACCUCACUGUUGAGAAUGGCAUGUUGGGAACUGGGGGUGGUGAGCAUCCCCCAAGAGCUGCAGAUCUACCUUCUCCACAGGUGCUUUGGAAACCCCCUCUACUGUGAGGUCUUAUGCCAGGACCUUCUCUCCAAAGAUAUGUUGCUCUUUCACGACCUCCAAAAGGAGGAGGAGAAGAGCAAAUGGGAGACCCUCUCAGCCAAUGCCAUGAAAUCCACAAUGUAUGGUAUUCUUGCUGCUGGCUGUGAAGAAGACCAAGAACUUUAUAUCUGCACAGUCAAGGAUAAUGUGAACUUGGAUACAGUGCUUCUUCCACCAUUAUUAAAAGAAAUAGCAGUAAACCAGUUGGAUCAGUUGAGCCUAGAGGAGCAGUUACUGGUUAAGUGUGCUGCAGUCAUUGGUCACUCCUUCCACAUAGAUCUGCUGCAGCACCUCCUGCCUGCCUGGAAUAAAAACAAGCUACUUCAGGUGCUGAGGGCUCUUGUGGAUAUGCAUGUGCUCCGCUGGUUCAACAGGAAUCAGGAGCUUCCUGCCGAGUCAAUAUUAGUGCCUUCCUCUAUCAAAAUUAUUGAACAGACCAAAGAGGAGAAGAAGAAAAAGCCAGAUGCUGACUCUCCUCUCAGUCUGCAAGAGGAAUUAUCCCUACCUCAAACAGAGCUGCUAGCAUUUGGAGUGCCACUGUUACGAGAAGCUGCUUGGGAGCUGUGGCCCAAGGCACAGCAGAUAGCCCUGCACCUUGAAUGUGCAUGCUUUCUCCAAGAUUUGGCCUGCCGCUGUGGGAGCUGUCAGGGGGGAGACUUUGUCCCCUUCCACCGUUUUGCUGUCUGUUCUGCCAAGAGCCGCAGUGGGACCUCCCGGUUCUGUAGUUACAAAGAUACUGGCUCAGUACUAACACAAGUGAUCACAGACAGGUUGCAGCUGCCUUCUCCCCAAGAUAGUUUUCAGUUCCAGACAAAACCAUUCAGAAGUCAAGAGACCUUCACAAGUGAACGCUGCAGAACAGAGGAAGAGUUCCUGGAUCAGGUGAACAGGAAGCUGGCUCAGAGCACCCCCGACAAAGACAUGCUGACCAGAAAGCCCUGUCACUGUGAGGAAAUCCUGCAGUUCGUGCUCUCACCCCUCACCCGGCACUGCCUGGUCAUCGGAGAGACCACAUGUGCAUUUUAUUACCUGCUGGAGGCUGCUGCUGCCUCCUUGGACCUGUCAGAGAAUUAUAUGGCCUUCUUUUAUUUGAGGAAGGCAAGCAGUCUUCUGGGCCAGCCCUCAGCAUUCUCAUUUUUGAAAAAGCACAAGGUGAAGAUCUGUCAGUUUGAGGAGGCCACUUUCUGCUGUCUUCGGUCAGAGGUCUGUUUCAAGAUGGGACAGAUCACAUUAGCCAAAAAAUUGGCCAGGCAAGCCCUUCGACUGCUGAAAAGGAGUUUCCCUUGGACCUGGUUUGGUGUCUUUUUCCAAACAUUCCUGGAAAAAUAUUGGCAUUCCUAUUCGCUAAGCCAAUCUCCAAACAACCCUAGUGAGAACAGUAAGAAGAAGCUGGCAGUCCUGCAGCAGCAGGUCCGCUGCCUCUCCUUGCUCUGGCAGCUCUAUAACCUGGACACCACAGCCAGCAGCCGCAGGUUUGCCUGCCUUGCCACUCUCAUGCAGAAGAAUUCUGCUGAGGAAUUUGCAGAUGAAGCCCAGGUUGUCUCUACCUAUGUGGCCCUAUCCCAGUUCUCCCAGAAUAUGGGUGACAGAGACAAGUGGCUACAGUGUGAGCAGAUGGCCAUUCAGAAAAGCAGCCUAUGUUGGUUCUCCAGGGAGGGAUUAUUGGCCACAGCCCGGCUCAUACAGGCCUUAGCCUACACCAAGCUCUGCCUUGGCCAUCUUGACUUCUCCAUCAAGCUGGGUUUUCAAGCUCAUGAGAUAUGCAGACACCUCAAGAAACCAGCUCUGGAGAAUCUGGUUCUCUCAGUUCUCUUCAGAUCUGCAUUUCUAAAGAAGAAAUUUGAUCUAUGUGUCUGUGUGCUGGAGAGUCAGUGGGCACUCAUUUCCCAGAGUCAUGAUAUCCUUGGCCUGGCCUGCUUCUAUUCUGCUUGCUUAGAUCUACUGCUCUAUGGAAAAGGAUUGCUAUGCCGGUCCUUUGGCGAGUGUCUGCAUUUCAUUCAACACUGUGAGCACAGCUGCAUCCUAAACUCUCAGAGUAAUGUCAUGCUGGGGAUCCACUCAUCUCUGGCCAUGUGGUUUGCCCAGGACUCGCAGUGGAAUCUGGUUGAGUACCACAUCUCCAAGGCUCGCCAGUUGGUGAAAAGAACCAAUGCCUCACUAUUUGGUUCACAUGGAUUUGUCCGAUUCCUGGAAUGCCAUGUGCUAAUGUUACAAAAAAUGCCAGAGGGUGCCUUCAUGCAUACUCCCCCAGAGACCUGCAGCCAAACCCUCAAGUACUGUAAGGAGUUCUUCUCUCGAUGUGUGACCUGCCCAGUCUAUCACCAGUGGGUCUCAGAGCUUAAAACCUCCGUAAUGAGAUACGGACAGAGAGAAUCCAUGUCCUCAACUAAUACUGCCAGACCUUUUGACACCUGCUUGACCACGAUUUGGAUAGAGGGAGAAUUCCUGGAGGAAAACAACUUCUUUGGAAGAAAUUUAGGAAUGCAGAGAUUUGACAGAGUGUCUGAUGUCAAGGAGAAUAAGGAUGAAGAAAUUCAAGAAUGUGUAUGUUAAAAAAAAUUAUCUGAAGGGACCAUGGUUCUCUUGCUGUAUAUGACACAAAGAAAUGACCCAAGUUCUCCUUUUUAAGAUACUGUAUAGUGUUCAUAUUCAAUAUACUAGCCUUUUAUGGUCAUCACUAUCUUUAGCUUUGUCAAAAUAAAAGCCUAUGUUUCUGAAGCAUGAAA